AUCAAAAUCACACAAAAUGUCUCGUGAAUCUGGUAGUAUUGAUAACCCAAAGGAUUUCCAGAAGGAGCCAAUGCCUAAAAUCCCAUACGAUUUUCCAAAAGAGAGACUUCCAUUAAAUCUCUGUGAAAUAGAACUUGCCGAUAUUCUGAAAUGAGUGAACUACACUGGCUACACCAUCCAGUGCUCGCACUAUAUGACCAAGUAUUACCUCUGUAAAUAAAAAGAGAGAUACAGCUAUUUUUGGAGAAAUCCAAGAAUGGGAGACUGAGAAAUACUCCAAACUUGGACUCCAAGAGAGGAGAGAUUACAUUCAAACCAUCAAAGAUGAGAAUGAUGAGUUAAAUAAGAAGUUAAAAACAGCAGUGAAGGAGAAUCAGGACGAAAACCUCCAAUGGAGGUUAUCCUCUGAUCUCAAGCAGAACAAAUGGAGAGUCGAAUAUUUAUCAGAAACUCAAUAA